UGGCGCGCGGUCACGUGGGCGGGCAUGGCGGAGCCCGAGCUCCGCGUGAAUGCGGCGUUCGCGGAGCGCUACGGGCGGUACCGGCGGCGGGAGGAGCUGCAGCGGCUGCGGGACCGUUACGGUGACACCGCCGACAGCGGCGACAGCUCCAGCUCCGAGUCCAGCGGGGACGAUGUGGCCCUGGACCCCCGCGAGGAGCGCGAGUUCUACCGGACGCUGGCGCUGCUCAAGACGCGCGACCCCCGCAUUUACCGGGCGGACACGGCGUUCUACACCGGCACCGGGGACGAUGAGGACGAUGAAGAUGAUGAGGAUGAUGAUGAUGAUGAAGAGCGCCGGGCCCGGCCGAUGUUCCUGAAGGAUUACGAGCGGAAGGUGGUGCUGGAGCACGAGGGGAAAUACGUGGAUGAGGAGGAUGAGGAGGAUGAGGAGGCAGCGGCCAAGCGGAGGAAGGCCGAGGCCUCCCCCAGCUACGCCGAGGAGCAGCGGCAGCUCAAGGAGAGUUUCAGAGCCUUCGUGGCCGAGAGCGAGGAUGAGGAGGGCGAUGAAGGCGGGGGGGGGGCUCUGCUGCGGCCCCGGGAGCGGAGCCGGGAGGAAAAGGCCCAGGAACAGCAGCAGUACCUGCGUUGGCUGCAGGGCCAGGCCGAGCCCCCCCCGGAGCCCCUGCAGGACCUGGUGCCCCUGCAGCGUUUCUGGUCGGACCCGGCGCUGGAGCCGGGCGAGCGCUUCCUGCGGGAUUACCUGCUGGGCAACGGCUUCCGGGAGCGCGAGGAGGAGGAGGAGGAGGGCGAGGAAGGUUUGGCCGUGCCCCCCCUGGAUGACUCCUCGGACGAGGGGGAGCUGUUCCUGCAGCGCCAGCAGGAUUUCGAGCGCCGCCACAAUUUCCGCUUCGAGGAGCCGGGGGCGGCCCAGCUGCAGAGCUUCCCCCGCUCCAUCCCCUCCUCGGUGCGGCGCCGGGACGAGCGGCGCAAGGAGAAACGGGAGCAGCUCCGCGAGAGGAAGAGGAAGGAGCGCGCCCGGCGCCGGGAGGAGCUGAAGCAGCUCAAGAAGCUGAAGCUGCAGGAGCUGCGGGCGCGGCUGGAGCGGAUCCGCGAGGCCUCGGGCGCCGGAGCCUUCGGCCUCAGCCUCGGCCUCCUCCAGGAGGAUUUCGACCCCGCGCGCCACGACCAGAUCAUGAACGAAUGCUUUGGGGACGAUUACUACGGCCGGGGCGAGGAGGAGAAGCCGCACUUUGAGGAAGAGGAGGGGCUGGAUGAUGAUUGGAACUGGGACACGUGGACGGGGCAGGAGGAAGAGGAAGGAGAGGAAGAGGAGGGGGAGCCCCCGAGGGAGCCGCACUGCGAGGACCCCGACUUCGUGAUGGACGCCGAUUUCGCCCCCGGGCCCCCCCCCGACCCCGCAGCCCCCCCGGGCCGGGCCCCUCCCCCCCAAACCGGGGGUCCCGGGGGGCGGCGGCGGCGCCGGGGGGGGCUCCUGAGGGAGGCGCUGGAGCGGGAGAAGCCCCCGUUCGACCCCGCCCAGGGCCCGUUUGAGCAGUACCUGGACGAGUUUUACGCUCUGGAUUUCGAGGACCUGAUCGGGGACCUCCCGUGCCGCUUCAAAUACCGGCGGGUGCUGCCCUGCGACUUCGGGCUCAGCACCGACGAGAUCCUGGCGGCCGAUGACAAGGAGCUGAACCGCUGGUGCUCCCUGCGCAAGACCUGCAUGUACCGCUCGGAGCAGGAGGAGCGCCAGGACCAGGCCAAUUACCGGCGGCGGGCGCAGAACCUCAGCAAGAAGCACCAGAUCCUGCGCUCGCUCGUGGCUGACCCCGAGGAUGAGGAGGAGGAGGCGGCGGCGAAGCCGAAAUUCGGGAAGAAGCACCGGGAGAAGAGGAAGCGCCGGGAGGGGAAGGGGAAGGGGGCGACCCCCGAGACCCCCCCAGCGACCCCCGGGGGUCCCCGGCGGGGGGGGGGCGCCCCCCUGGGCCCGGCCGUGCGCCUGGGGGGCCGCGAGUUCAGCGGGAGGAGGUUGGAAGCCUUCGGCCUCAACGCGCGGCGGCUGCGGAUGCGGCAGCUGAGGAGGGAGCGGGGCCGGGGGAACGGCGGGGAAAAUAACGGGAAAAACGGGAAAAAUCACGGGAAAAAUCCCGGGAAAAAUCCCGGGGAAAACGAGAAAAAUCCCGAGAAAAACGAGAAAAAUCCUGGAGAAAAUCCCGAGAAAAAUCCUGGGGAAAGCGGGAAAAAUCCUGGGAAAAGUCCUGGGAAAAACUCAUGGAAAAAUCCCGAGAAGAAUCCCGAGAAAAACUCAUGGAAAAAUCCCGAGAAAAAUCCUGGGGAAAAUGGGAAAAAUCCCGGGGAAAAUCCCGGGAAAAACGAGAAAAAUCAUGAGAAAAAUCCCGGGAAAAAUCCUGGGAAAAAUCCCGGGGAAAACGAGAAAAAUCCUGGGAAAAAUCCCGAGAAAAACGAGAAAAAUCCUAGGAAAAAUCCCGAGAAAAACUCAUGGAAAAAUCCCGAGAAAAACGAGAAAAAUCCCGGGGAAAACAGGAGAAAUCCUGAGAAAAGUCCUGGGAAAAACUCAUGGAAAAAUCCCGAGAAGAAUCCCGAGAAAAACUCAUGGAAAAAUCCCGGGGAAAAUGGGAAAAAUCCUGAGAAAAGUCCUGGGAAAAACUCAUGGAAAAAUCCCGAGAAGAAUCCCGAGAAAAAUUCAUGGAAAAAUCCUGGGCAACAUGAGAAAAAUCCCGAGAAAAACUCUGGGAAAAACACCGGGAAUACCGAGAAAAAUACCGGGAAAAAUACCUGGAAUACUGAGAAAAAUCCUGGGAAAAACCUCGGGAAAAAUGAGAAAAAUUCAGGGAAAAAUCCUGGGAAAAACCCCGAGGAAACAGCAGCCGUCAAUGGGAAAAAACAGAAACGCAGGAAAAACGCCCCAAACCGCCAGGAAAAUACCUGAAACCGUCAGGAAAGCACCCGAAAUUCUUGGGAAAACACCAAAACCACCUCAAAAAUCUCCAGCAGUUCUGGAGAAGCCCCAGAACCGCCCAAAAAACAUCGAAAAUGUCCCAGAAAAGCCCCAGAAGCCCCUAAAAAACAUCAAAAAUGUCCCAGAACCCCCCAAAAAUCAACGAAAAUGCCCCAGGGACGCCGAGCUCGAUUCAAGUUCUCUUUAUUUGGGGGGGGGUCCUGAGUGGAGCAACAAUAAAUAACAGAUACCCCCCCCCA